AUGGCGAGGAGUACGGUCAUACUCGCUACCGUUCUUUCACUCCUUACUUUGUCAUUGCUCAUUCAUUCUGUCGACAGGCAUGGCUCUUCUCAGGAUCACCGUGUCGUCUUUCCGUUUCACCGCCGUAACUCAACCGUAACCCCUUCUACUGGUACAAACGUUACCUUGGAGGAUGCGAAGGACAUCGUCGCCAAGUUCCAUGAGGCCAUGGCGAUCGCCAACGCCGCCAUCCGGAAAAUCCACGAACGAACAUAUAUUCCGUACGCUUCGGCUGACGAAUACGAUGCCAUCGCAGUGAGGAUGAAGGAGAAAUAUGCCCCGAAGAACAACGACACAAAUGCCAUUCCCCAGGUUCUGCAGCAGCCUUCCGGACUCCUAGAAUACGUGGCCAAUGUUUCUGAAGCGGACCCCGCCAUUGCUAGCUCCGGGGCAAGGUUGGAGAAGCGUGCUGCAUCGGAUUUCUGGAUGGAGAAUAUUGUCCAACUGGGAUCCAGUCCACUUGCCCCGCCGGGUUACAAGGUAUGGAGAAACGUGAAGGAUUAUGGUGACGGCGUCAACGAUGAUACGGCCGCCAUCCAGCUUGCCAUCUCGGACGGUCGCAGGUGCAGCGCCAACUGCGGUGGUAGCACCAUCUACCCGGCAACGGUGUACUUCCCUCCCGGAACGUACGUGAUCAGCUCAUCCCUCAUUAUACGCGUUGCGGCGUCCAGCUUCUCUGGGGGAGGUAUCAUCGAGUCCAACAUCUACACUGGCGCCCAAACUGAGUGGUACUUGAACACCAACAACUUCUUGAGAAGUGUCCGCAACUUCGUCAUCGAUGUUCGUGCUGGGAGUCAGACGGCACAAAUCUGUGGCAUACACUGGGUGCUAAAAGUGCGCAGACAAGUCGCUCAAGGCACGUCGCUGAAGAACAUCCAUUUCUACAUGACGGAUCCUGCUGUGAACCCAGACACAACCCAACAGGGUAUAUAUAUGGAGAACGGCAGUGGCAGCUUCUUGUCCGACUUGUACUUUGUCGGCGGUAAAUUCGGAGCCUACAUGGGCAACCAGCAGUACACUUCCAGCGGAAUGUAUUUCAGCAAAUGCGCAAAUGCACUCCAGCUUCAUUGGGACUGGGGAUGGACGAUUCAGAAUAUCGCCAUUGAUCAGGCUGACGCGGGCGUGACUAUCGUUGGAGGAGCCGGAGGACCUUUCAGCACUGGCCAGGGGGUAGGGUCGCUCAUCUUGACGGACAUGCUCGUGACCAACUCAAACCUCGGCAUCAAGACUUCCCUGUUUGCUGAUAACUCGACGGCAUUCCUGCUCAUGAACUCCAAGUUCACCAACGUAGGCACCAUCGUCAGGGAUGACGAAAGGGUCCGAGUUAGCGACGUCAGGGGCGACACGACCUUUGUCAACGCGCAAAAUGUCCCGACCAUGACCCGGCCAACGCCGCUAAUCCAAUCCGAACCUUCUGGCACGUCGCAGAACUUCUUCUUCACCAGGAGGCGCCCUUCUUAUGCGGACCUUGGCCAGAACCAAAUCUUCGACGUCAAGGCCCUCGGCGCCAAGGGCGACGGGUCGAGUGAUGACACUGCCAUCUUGAAUCACGUUCUUGACGUUGCUGCUAAUAUCUCUGCCGUGGAGUACUUCCCCUUCGGCGUCUACAUGGUCUCGGAUACCAUCCAGGUUCCUGUCGGCUCACGCAUCAUCGGGCAUGUCUGGCCCCAGAUCAUGGCAUACGGCCCCAAUUUCUCCAGCUCUGUCGAAAUCCAGAACAUGAUGUUCACCGUCAAGGGCGGCACGGCUGGAGCGGUUUUGGUCGAGUGGAAUGUCCACGAGUCUACCCAGGGCUCAGCUGAACUGUGGGACUCCCAUUUCCGUGUUGGUGACGCCCAGGGUUACAACCUGGACACAACCACCUGCCCGAAGCAGAGCGGGUUUGUUAAAGAGGAGUGUAUAGCCGCCUCACUCCUGAUGCACAUCACCUCCAAGGCGUCCGCCUACAUGGAGAAUGUGUGGGCGUGGACGGCAGACCAUUACAUCGACAACGUCGACCAGACGCAGAUUGACGUGUAUUCCGCCCAUGGGCUCCUUAUCGAAAGCCAAGGGCCGACGUGGCUCUGGGGCACUUCAGUUGAGCACUCGGUCCUAUACCAGUACCAGAUCUCGUCAGCAAAGAGCGUCUUGCUCGGACUCAUCCAGACCGAAUCCCCGUACUUCCAACCUGUUCCAAAAGUCCCGGCUCCUUUCUCACCUGGAGCCUUCAUCGACGAUCCUGACUUCUCCGACUGCGGGUCGUCCACUUCCUGCGCUGUAUCUUGGGGGGUGAGAAUCGUAGAUUUCGAAUCGUACGACCAGACUUGUGUCAACUCAGGGGCGAACAACUGCCAGACAAGGAUUUUCCAGACGGAGCAAAGCAGUGACAUCUGGGUAUACAACCUGGUCACUGUCGGGACGGUGGAAAUGAUCAGUCCGGUCAACUCCGACGCGACGAUUGCUGUGCAAAACCGAAAUGGCUUUGCAUCGUCCAUCCUUGCCUGGAUUGGAGGGUCCACAGAGCAGACCGCCAUCUUGUGCGACGAUUACACCCCUUCCUGGACCCAGGCUUCGUAUCAUGGGGACCUCAAUAAUGUCACGUUGACCGAUUCAAUCUGCGAACCGGGCUUUGCAAGUUCACUCACGGCCUGGCUUGCCGGAGUCAACACCUACUGCUCCCGCUACAGGUUCGACGAUGGAUCGCCACCAGCGAUGCUCGGCAAGUACAUAUCAUACGGCGUGGGUGAGACACGCCAGAAGGAUCCUUCCAGUGGACAAUACUGUAAUGACAUCAUCUCCUCAUUCGAUCCUACCCAAGGCGCUGACAACAUCUCCACCCUGCAGCUCUGCUCCACGUGCUACCUGGGCCGGCUGAAGAUGAUGCAGGCCUCAAGAUACUCGGCAUAUGCGGCAAUGACCUUCUUCCAAGACGCAUUGACGAGGGUCGUUCAAGUGUGCUCGACGCAAGCACCGACCGCGACGCAAGCUCCGCUCUUCUCUCCCACCCAGACUCCUCCCCCUUUCUGUGUGUCAAACAAUCUCUACACGAGCGUGUCCUCGGUGGAUCUCUUCAACGCGAAUCCCGAUAUCCAGAACUGCAGCACCCUCCCUGUUGGCUCGAGCCUCUGCCUACCGCUGACGUGCACGACCUACCAGCUCCGGAGCGACGACGACUGCGGGACGGCAUCCUGGCACGCCGGGAUCCCGGACAUCAAGCUCUACAACCCGUGGAUCAACGUGUGGUGCGACAACCUGCACUCCGAAGCCGUCGUCGGGAGCGUGCUGUGCGCCUCCGCGCUCGGAGGCACGUACAACCAGCCGGCGCCGCCGGACAGCACGUCGUCGUUCCCGCAGUCGAGCACAGGCUACGGCACGGACCUAACGGCGCCGCCGGCGGGUCACCCCGUCGCCGCGGGCACCACCACGCUGUGCGGCAAUUGGUACACGGUGGUGGCCGGCGACACGUGCGACAGGAUGCUCCUCGCCAACGGCAUCAACAUGGAGCUCUUCGUGGCGGCGAACCCCUCGGUGCACGACGCGACGUGCUCCACAGACAUCGUCGCCGGCACGAGCUACUGCGUCGCCCCCCUGCGCAUGUGGGACGUGCAAUAUCUCGCCCUGGGAUGCUACACUAAUGCCGAUGGCCCGGUCUUGGGUGAUGACGUGUCCCAGACCUCGACAUUGCUGACGGUCCUGAAGUGCGGCGAGUUCUGCCUCCUGGACCAGGGCUAUCCGGUCUUCGGCAUCCAGAACGGCGACACCUGCCUCUGCGACACCUCACUGAACAACGGCUCCGUCUCAGCAACGACGGCAUGCAACGUGCCCUGCUCCGGCGACUCCGGCUCCACCUGCGGCGGCGGCGGCGGCGGCGGCGGCGGCGGCGCCGUAACCGUCUUCAGCACCAGCCCCGAGCUAGCCAUCAAGAUGCCUAUUUCCGGGGGAUCGGACGGAGGCGGCGGGACCAACGGCACCACGCCACCCGACGCCGCCAACCGGUACUAG